CCCUGAGAAUGAGGAAAAGCCAAAAUGGUGUUUACAAUUAAACUCUUAAUUUUGGAUUCUGACUUUUUUUUGCAGCAGCAGCAGCAGCAGCGACAGCAGCAGUUACUGGCAGAAAAAAAAGGUCAUUUGCACUCCUAAAAGGGAUUUGCAUCUUGUUUCAUUUCCAUAUGUGACAGUUGACCGUCGCGUUUUGGGAGAUCAGGUUAAAUUAUUCUGCCAUUGGGUUUUUUUUCGAUGAUUCAGCAUACUGCAGCCACUCACUGCUAUUUGUGCCCCUGAAAAAAGUAAUGUAUUCUAAAAUAUCAAUUGUCAAUUGAAUUUUUAAGAAUAUAAAAAGUAUACUUUUUAUGAACACUACAUCUAGUAUUUCCAUUUUCAUACAAUGAAUUGGAUCGUGGAUACUACUUUUAUUUUAAAAAUUUUAACAAUCACAAUAUUAUUUAUUCAUAAUGGGUGACUUGUAUAAUGUAGGACAAGGUUUAGGCCAUAGCCAGAUUGAAAUGUACAAAAGAGUUGGGGAGUCGGUCUGCUUCUCUCUCAGUGAUACUCAGUUCUCAGUAAUGAUGACGAUAACGAUGAUGCUGUUAGUGUGUAUUUAUAUGUUUAAAAGCUUACGUGCGUGUGUGUUGCCUACAAACUUAUGGCAAGGUAAUUAUUGGUCUGUUUUAACGUGAUGUCAUUUCCAGCGUUGUUUCCCCCCCUUGUUCCUCAGGACUUGGCUUCUGCACUAAAGCCGGUAUCGUUUACUGUUUUCUUAUGAUUAGCUGACAAAAACAAGCCAGAAGAGAAGCGCGCUCAGACCAGGAAGACAUCUAUCCAGUCUCACCUCUGAUACAAACGGCAUACAACACCAGCCUUGCUAUAAAACGGUGGAAUUUUUGGACCCUGUUUCCGUACGGACGCUCGCCUGCUGUGUCGACUGCGUGACCGAAACCUGCUGCCUCGAGUCAUCGGGACCUAAAGCGACGAAAAAUGAAAGAAAUCGCGUUUGUGUUUCCGCUCUGACAGGAUCUGAUGUAAGGUUCAAAAUGCCAUUCUUACAGAAAAACAGUUGAACCAAACAUACCUGCCUAGAGCGAAAACUUGAAAGAAAAAAAAAAGCGAAGGAAAAAGAUAUGGGGUGGAUGUGCGUUCUGCUACAUUCCAUGAGUAUGUAUGUGUGCUCUCAGUUUCAGAAUUAAUGCAAUACAGGUUCGAUGUUCCAUAGAUGUUUGUCUUCAAACGUGUAAUGUCGAGACCUAUUGAAUUUAGGCAAACCCUAAUGUGGGUGUGGCUUAGAUCUGGGGUUUUCUAACUCGGUCCUGGGGGUCCCUGUGUAUGCUGCUUGUUGUUCAAAACACUACAGCGAUCCCAGAAUUGUCACAAGCUGUUGAGCAUUUUUAAUUAGACACUAAUAACUACUGAGGUAUGAAACCCUCUUAAAUCCACAUUAUAUCAGAAGUAGAUGUGCAUGCCAUGAAGAAUACAUGUCCCAUGAUCACAUUCCAGGAUUCUUAAUCAGUCAGACCAACUAAUGUUUUAAUUUCCCGCAAUGUGCUGUGUGCAGUUAUAUAAUUAUUCCUUUAGAAAGGGGUGAAUUGGAAAUAAGUGUAAUUGACUCGUUUAUUGACUAACAGGUAAAAUCAGUGGGGUCCUAAUUACUGAAGUAAAUGGCAAUUGACCAAACCUGGAGAGGAAACCCCCAUGCUGGUUUUUCCUCAAAGUUGUCGAAAGCAUGUAUUUUAAGUUUGUCUUUUGUAUCCUCACUUUGAAUGUAAAAUACAUGCUUUCAGCAACUUUCAUUUAAAAAGACACCAUGGGUUUUUUUAGAAUCUAUUUAGAGAACUACUGGCUUCCAAUUUAAGGUGGCCUGCAUGAGAUCACUGCAUUUAAUUAUUAAAUGGAUCUCUGCUUGAAAAGCACAACACCAUAAACGAGGUUGCACCUGUCGGAAAUAAAUGUCAUUAUGUAUGAAAUGUGUGUAAAGUGACUGGGGAUGACAAUAAUUUGACAGGCGUGCUGGACGACGCGGACGUGCGGGUGAUGCUCCGCGGCUCCAGCAUGGUGAAGGUGCGGUCGCAGCGCUGGCAGAAGAGCCGCAGCCUCCGGCUCCUGGAGGACGGCGUCACCGUGUGGUGCGAGUCCAGCAAGAGCUCCCGCAGGGCCAAGGCUCAGCAGACCUUCGCGGUGACGGAGGUGGAGUGCGUGCGCGAGGGCUGCCAGUCGGAGGCGCUGCGGACGCUCUGCGGGUCGGUGCCGGAGGGCCGGUGCUUCACCGUGGUGUUCCGGGGCGGGCGGAAGAGCCUGGACCUCUGCUGCCCCACGGAGCAGGAGGCCCGGAGCUGGGUCCGCGGCAUCCGCACCCUCCAGGACCGCGUGUCCGGCAUGACCCAGAAGGAGAAACUGGACCACUGGAUCCAGGGCUUCCUGCGGCGGGCGGACCAGAACCAGGACGGGAAGAUGAGCUACGAGGAGGUGAAGCGGCUGCUCCAGAUGAUCAACAUCGACCUGAGCGAGCAGUACGCCCGCUCGCUCUUCAAGAAGUGUGACCGCUCGGGGGACGGGCGCCUGGACCACGUGGAGAUCGAGGAGUUCUGCAGGGAGCUGCUUCGCCGGCCCGAGCUGGACUCCGUCUUCCGCCGUUACUCCGGCAACGGCUGCGUGCUGACCACCGCCGAGCUGCGCGACUUCCUGGGAGACCAGGGGGAGGACGCCUCGCUGGACCACGCCCAGAACCUCAUCCUCAAAUACGAGCUGAACACCUGGGCUCAGAGGCACCAGCUGAUGACGCAGAACGGGUUCACCAUGUACAUGCUGUCCCAAGAGAACGACGUGUUCAACCCCGCCCACUCCGAGGUCUACCAGGACAUGACCCUCCCCCUGUCCCACUACUUCAUCUCCUCUUCGCACAACACCUACCUCACCAAGGACCAGGUCACCAGCGCCAGCAGCACCGAGCCCUACAUCAGGGCUCUGAAUCAAGGCUGUCGCUGCGUGGAGCUGGACUGCUGGGACGGGGACCGAGGCGAGCCGGUCAUCUACCACGGCCACACCCUCACCUCCAAGGUCACCUUCAGGGAGGUGAUUGAGACCAUCGCCCAGUACGCCUUCACGGCCUCUCCUUACCCCCUGAUCCUGUCUCUGGAGAACCACUGCUCCGUGGAGCAGCAGGCAGUGAUGGCCCGAGACCUGCGCUCCAUCCUGGGGGACAGACUCCUGAGCAAGCCCCUGAACAGCCAGCCCCUGGAGCAGCUGCCCUCCCCAGCUGAACUGAAGGGGCGGAUCCUGGUGAAGGGAAAGAAGGAACAAGGUAAGCUGGGGAAGAUGGACAGCUGCUCAUGGUCCUCCUCCAGCUCUGAGGACGAAUCGGGGGGCGGGGGCGGGAGCAAAUCCAAAGGAAAGAAAGACCCUGGGAAGCCCGUCCCGUCGUCGAAGCUGAGCCCGGAGCUGUCGGCUCUGGUGGUGUACUGCAGCAGCGUUCCCUUCCACGGGUUCGAGCACGCCGCUAAGAAGCCCCCCAGCAACAUGUCGUCCUUCUCCGAGAACAGCGCCCUCCGCCACAUCAAGGACUCAGGAAACCUGUUCGUCCGGCACAACAGCAAGUACCUGAGCCGGAUCUACCCGUCCGGCCAGCGGCUGCAGUCCUCCAACUACGACCCCCAGGAGAUGUGGAACUGCGGCUGCCACAUGGUGGCCCUCAACUUCCAGACGCCGGGGGAGCAGAUGGACCUGAACCAGGGCCGCUUCCUGCAGAACGGUCGCUGCGGCUACGUCCUGAAGCCCGGCUUCCUGUGCGAGCCCGACUCCAACUUCAACCCCGAGAACACGGGCGGCGGCCCGGGCCACGUCCCCACCAUGCUGAGCAUCCGGGUGCUCUCGGCCCAGCAGCUGCCCAAGCUGAACACGGGCAAGCCCAACUCCAUCGUGGACCCGCAGGUGUGGGUGGAGAUCCACGGGGUGGGGAUCGACAACACCCGCGACAGAACGCACCGCGUCAACAACAACGGCUUUAACCCCAUGUGGGACUGCACCCUGACCUUCCAGCUGCAGGUGCCUGAGCUGGCGCUGGUGCGCUUUGUGGUGGAGGACCAUGACCACACUUCUAAGAACGACUUUGUGGGGCAGUUUACCCUGCCCUUCACCAGCUUCCGUACAGGGUACCGACACGUGCACCUGCUGAAGGCCGACGGCUCCAGCCUGUCUCCCGCCACCCUCUUCAUCCACAUCACGGUGUCCCGCAGGGGCAUCCCCAUCAAGAGCGUGUCCCGGCGCAUGGUGUGACCCCUCCUCCCCCUUCCCCUGUCACUCACGCCUUGGCUCCGCCCACGCUAAAGGAGAGAGCCCUCCCGCUGGGGGGCGGAGUCAGAGGGGUUGAGUUGCGGCCUGCCUUUCUCCACUGUCCCCUCUCGACACCUGCAGAAGUCCGGACGAAAAAGCUUCACCCGGCUGAAGACAGGAACUGCCCACCAUGCCGGUCGCCAUAGAGACUGGAGCUGAUUGGCGCCUCUGGGGUUCCUGGGUUAGAGUAGCUCACCUGCCAGGCGGGCAGGAAGUGGGCUCGGAGAAGGCCCUCGGUCACGUGAUUAAGGUGCUGGGAUUUUCAGCUGCGUUCUAAACGCCAACGCCUUGGUGUUCGAGUCCUUAUUCAUAAAGAUAGGACUGUCUACACCCAAUUAAAGUUUUAUCGUGUUUUAAAUGUCUUUUUAACUGAGGCUUGACAUUUAGAAAAGUAGCAGAAACAGGGGAAAACCCAGAGAUAUAUUACGAGGAAUAUUGUGCCCAGCGGAUCUGUACUUAAAUGAUGUAGAUGUAUCAUUUAUGGGAGAUAAUUACUUACUGGAGGGAACAUCUGUGUUGUUCCACAUAGACUUAAUUAGGGUACUAAUUAAAUAUUGAAGGAUAAGGCUGGAUAAAUUCAUUGCACCUUCUAAAGAAAAACGGAGAAUAUUAGAGAACUGCGGCUCAUCUGUGUAUAUAGACUGUGACAGCGAUGUUGCCCAGGUAAUGUCCUCUUAAAGCUACUGUAAUGAUACACUAACACACACCUUUGUCAUACAUACAGGACCUGAGCUGUGACUGUGACACAUUUUAACCAUUUUAACUAUUUUAGGAUAAUGUUUAGGUGUGAUUUUCCCAUACGAAAAGCCUUAGGUGUGGGAUUGAACCUGUCUGUACAGAAAUACUACAUCUCCAUGCCUGCUUUGUACAGAGGUAUCAUGUGACUUCACUAAGUCUGUGACUGAAGAUUUGAUUGACUGGCCCUAUCAGGAGUUAAUGAAUUGGUCAUAAACUUGGGGGAUUUAUGUGGUCUGAGGCCUAACCCAGUUCUUUAAUUUUUUUAAAAGUAUUCAUAUGGUUUGUUUACAUUGCCAGUUUGGUAUAUCAUUUUAUAUUGUCUGAGUUGAUGCGUCUUUGCUCUUUGUCGAUUUAUUAUCGUUAUUAAUGAACAGGUCAGUGGCUGUGAUGUCAUGACCCCUAACAACUGUGCCUCUUCUUUUCUUAGUAUGAAGUAUGUCUUAGAUAUACCUUGCACUGUUGUAUUGAUAUCAAUAUUGAUGAAUGUUAAUUGAUCAAAAAUACUGAACAUUGUUCAUCAUAAGACCAGUCACAGUGCUAUAAUUCAUACUGACCAAGUCAGUUGCGAACAACUGGCUUUAAGUGGAUAUGACUGGAAAAAUAGUCUUCAUUUCAGUCAGAAUUCCCUCCGUUUUGCUUUUUUCAGUAAUGUGAACGUUAACUUCCUUUGUCUAUAGUUUUGUUCAAACUGCCUGCUUGCCUGCAUGCAGACUUUUCAGAAAAACAAAUGUGAAGGAUUCAACCGACGGCCAAAACCGAUUUUCACGGCGUGGUUUUUCUUGCAAAUGAAUGUCUGUGGAAGGUGCCCUGCUAGGGAAUGAUACGUGUUCUGCAGGUGAAACGUAAACGCAUGUGGUUGUGCUCAGCUUUGAUUGGUCCGUGUAGCGUCCGACACCCUUUAGGGGGGAAGCCCUACUUUUCACUCUGGCCAGGCCGAAGAGCAGCUGGCUGUGAAGUGAAGGUGAGUUGUGCUGGAUCCAGGUUUUCUCCACCAGGCUGUGCAGUGGGGCCUGUUUCCUCACUGGGUCCUGAUGUGAGUGGUUCACUGGGAUGGGAAGCACUUUUAAACCUCACCUGUAGAUGAUUGAACGCGGGACUAAAUGCAACGCAGUUCUGUUCUGUCCACUUCCGAUCACUCGUAAUGUGCGCUGGUGAUUCUGAGGUUCAUGUGAUGGUGUAGAAAUGUCAUUUAAGGUCACGACAAUGGCCGUGUCAUAUAUUUGCCAGAAAUAGCAUGUUAACUUUUUUUUAAUGAAAAAACUAAAAAAACAUUUAAAUCCCAA